AUGGCCCUGCAGGAUGUGUGCAAGUGGCAGGCCCCCAACACCCAGGGACCAUCACCUCACCUGCCUCAGCCUGGGGCCUGGGCUGUGCCCCCAGGCUGUGAUCCUCAAACCUUCUUGCAGAUCCAUGGUCCCAGGCUGGCCCAUGGCACCACCACCUUGGCCUUCCUCUUCCGGCAUGGAGUCAUCGCUGCUGCUGACACACGUUCCUCCUGCGGCAACUAUGUGGAGUGUCCAACCUCACGCAAGAUCAUCCCUGUGCACCAGCACCUCCUGGGCACCACCUCUGGCACCUCGGCCGACUGUGCCGUAUGGUACCGCGUGCUACGACGGGAGCUGCGGCUUCGGGCACUGAGGGAGGGUCAGCUGCCCAGCGUGGCCGGUGCCGCCAAGCUCUUGUCGACCAUGAUGUCCUGCUACCGGGGCCUGGAUCUGUGUGUGGCCACGGCCCUGUGUGGCUGGGACCGCUCUGGCCCUGCCCUCUUCUAUGUCUACAGUGACGGCACCCGCCUGCAAGGGAACAUCUUCUCCGUGGGUUCUGGAUCUCCCUAUGCCUAUGGUGUGCUAGACCGCGGCUACCGCUAUGACAUGACCCCACAGGAAGCCUAUGCCCUGGCUCGCUGUGCCGUGGCCCACGCCACCCACCGCGAUGCCUACUCCGGGGGUUCUGUAGACCUUUUCCACGUGCGGGAGAGUGGAUGGGAGUAUGUGUCACGCAACGAUGCCUGUGUGCUGUACUCGGAACUGCAGAAGCUUCCAGAGCCAGACAAGGAAGAGGAGGAGGCCAGCCGGGACCAUCCGGAGCCCGCCAGCCGGCACAGAGACUCUAGGAUGCCCGCAGAGACUGAGAUUCUCUGA